AUGGCAGUGGACGGAGCUGGUGGGCACGCCCAUAACAGUCUGGGGUGACAGCUUGGGCCUUCUUUUACAAAACCCUUUUAGGGUUUCUCAUCUGGUACCUCGAAAGCCAUGCCUUUAGAGGCAUUGAUCGAAGACGAUCGAUGGGGGGAGAUUCGAUAAUGAGAAAGACAGUGGCCCGAGUGACGGCCCUUCGGGGGUCCUCCAUUAUCGAGAAACAUCCCUAGUUUAUAAAUGUUGGUGCAAGAUGUGCAUCCGACGAGUGCGUACGACGAAUCAGGUCCUCGUCUCCCACCCCCGGCUUAAAAGCAGGUGGAGGUCACCUUUGUGGGGAAUUUCCGAGAGGCUCUUCAUCCCGAUGCGAGCUCCGGCAGGCCAUGGCGUCUUUCCUUUUCCGAGGUGUGAAGGGAGUGAGCAUCUCGUGCACUUCGCCGGCGUCUGCGGCAACAUGCACAAGCUAUGGCGACAGAGGGUUCGACCGCCGCAGAAGAGCACGUAACUGGAUGGCCACUGAGAAGCAGAAGUCAUGCCCGCAUAAGAGCAGGAAGAGCUCGGAGAUUACUGGGAACCUGAUCAGCCCCGCCUCCUCCUCCUCUCGCUACCUCCUUGACGAGGAAGACGACGGCCCUUUCUUCGACCCGGACGAGGACCCGGUGCCAGCAUUGACCCGGAUCAAGUCCACCAGGUUUCAGAUUGUAACAGGGGAAGACUCGCCUAUUCUAAAGCCGUCUCGUUUUUCAGCGUCAUAUUCCGCUGAUUCAUCACGAGUUCAGGGUCUCCUUCGAGCUUCUUCUUCAUCACUGUCUUCUUCAUCUCGUCUCUCUCUACCACCGACGAGGCUCGAGAUCACAAGGGGUGACGACUCUCCCGUUCCAUCUUCAAGAUCUUACACUGCCGAAGGGGACGAUCGUGCUGUUAUCAGGCAGUCUCCUUUGGGUGGAUCACAAGCGUGGUCCUUCUUUAGGAGCUCCUCUUCCUUGUCGGAGACGAGGUUCUCCUCUCCGGUGGGCAAGAAGUCCGACAUCUUAUCUUCCUCGGCAAGAACCCCGGACCAGGUUUAUAUCCUAAUGUUCAGCUUCUACCCAGCUCAUUCCAAAAGGGAUAGAGCCCCUAGAAUUCACUAGCCUCUGUUGGUACGAUUGGUUUUCUCUAUCCAGGUUGUAGUCUUGAGGGUUUCUCUCCAUUGCAAGGGCUGCGAAGCGAAGGUGAAGAAGCAUCUUUCCCGCAUGGAAGGUGAGACUCGCUCAGUUGAAUUCAUCAAUCGGACUAAGCUAUUGAUUUCUUUAAACCCUAAAUCCUAUACAGGGUUUAAAACAUUUUCCGCAAAAAAUAUUGUUGAUUGUAUGGCGGACUCUUGAGCAGGCGUGAGGUCCUUCGACGUGGACUUCGCCGCCAAGAAGGUGACGGUGGUCGGAGACGUGACGCCUCUCGCCGUACUGUCAAGCUUCUCCAAGGUGAAGAACGCGCAGCUCUGGCCAUCACCUUCCCCAACCAUGGAACUCAUCUGA